AUGCACCAAAUUGACUUCGAUGAGCAAUCCCUCCACGGUCUUGCCUCAAAGACUGUUAUCGUCACCGGUGGAGCAGGCGGCAUUGGCUCCGCAACAGCCAGGAUCUUCAACGAGCAUGGCGCGAAUGUAGUCAUUGCUGAUGUCCCAGCCUCUCAGCCCCUCGCGGAGAAGUUGGUCGCUUCGCUUCCACACCCUUCACGCGCGAUGUACGUCCCGGUAGAUAUCGUCGAUUGGGAACAGAUGCAGGAUCUGUUUAAGUGGGCUGUGAAACGGUUUGGUUCUAUCGAUACGGUCGUCGCGAAUGCCGGGAUCAUGGAGUCCAAGAGUGUUCUUGAACUAGAUGAAAUAGAUGAGAAGGGGGAGUUGAUGGAGUCCAAGGAAGCGUUUGAGGUUAUUGAUGUUAACGUGAAGGGGACGUUUAAUACAUUGCGACUGGCUAUGCAUUACAUGAAAUCUCUGCCUGGCACUUCCGAGCCCAAAUCCAUUAUCAUGGUCUCCUCAAUCGCGGGCUACUGUGGCGGAGCCGACCUGACAGCCUAUACCACCUCCAAGCACGCGAUCAUUGGCCUCCUUCGCGAUGCACACAAGGCGGCAACGAAGAACAACAUCCGUCUCACGGCCAUCGCGCCUUCGUUGACCCCUUCGCGUCUGACAGCGGCUUUGUGCGAGCCAUGGAAGGAAGCUGGCUAUGAGACAAGCACGCCACAGGCAAUGGGGGAGGCCAUCGCGCAGUGCUCGGUCGAUAAAUCGAUCCUUGGCGGGAGCUGUAUUUUGGUUGCUCAUAAACUUCGACGCGAGCUGGAGUUGACGAGAGCUGGUCUGAUGGGACAAUGGAUGGGAGAUGAUGCCUUAGGACUGGUGACAGGGGACUUUGAAAUGGUCUCUACAACCUUCCCCCUUCCUGGCGUCACCCACGGCAAACGCAUCCUAGCCAGCGUCAUCGAAUCCUGCACCCAAGACGGUCCUGACACUAAGCCCUGGAUCUCACUGCCUGUCAACAACGAUGAUCUCUCCGCUGGCUUCCGAGACAUCAGUUUUUGGCAGUUGAACAACGCCACAAACCACGCUGCCCGCUGGCUCAGUCAGGCUCUUCCGGCCACGACCGAGCCGUUUCAAUGUUUCGCCUACUCUGGGCCCAAGGAUCUAUGA